CGAGAGCGAGAGAGAGACUAGUCACUGAUUGACUCCACCUCUUUAUCUGCAUUGACCCUGUAGGAUGGAUACGGUGUGUGUACUGUAUUUUACAAUUCAUGUACACGCUGAGAGCCAAUGAAAUCUGGAGGGAGGAACUUCAUGGCAUAGCAUAUGGGAAGUCACUUUCAUCACUGAGCUGCAUCACAGUGCUUCUCUGGAAUGUUAAGCAGUGGACUGUAGCCCCAGGGUGUUUUUUACAAUGAUCUGCCAGGAACGCACAGUUUAUUAUGGAAGCUGGGCAUUUGUAAUCGGAGGAGUGCUUUACCUCUUUCGGCAAAUGACAACUCACACUCCAUAUGGGCGCUAUGUGGACACAAAGAAUACAGGGUUGAUGGUUUCAGCCAAGGCAGGCUGGUUUAUCCAGGAACUUCCAUCAUUCUUAGUUCCUGUGCUUUUGGUUUUGUCAACAGAAAGUUUGUCUGGUAUGGGACGAAUUCUGCUUCUUUGUACCUUUUGCCUGCACUACUUUCAAAGGACCUUCGUGUAUUCGUUGCUGACUAAAGGCAGACCGUCUCCUCUCUCCAUCGUGGUAUCUGCGGUUAUCUUCUGUUCUCUGAAUGGCUUUUUGCAGGGCCAUUAUUUGCUUCACUGCGCUCAAUACAAAACAGACUGGCACAGAGACACACGCUUUCUCAUCGGUGUGUUGAUGUUUAUCUCAGGAAUGGCAAUCAACAUCCACAGUGACUACAUUUUACGAAACCUGAGGAAACCAGGAGAGGUCAGCUAUAAAAUCCCCAGAGGGGGAAUGUUUGAGUUGGUAUCUGGGGCCAAUUUUUUCGGAGAGAUCAUUGAAUGGUGUGGAUUCGCUGUGGCCACCUGGUCCUUUCCUGCUUUCACCUUCGCCUUCUUCACCAUCUGCUCUAUUGGGCCACGAGCGUACCACCAUCACAGGUAUUACUUGCAGAAAUUUAAAGACUACCCCAAAUCAAGAAAAGCUGUGAUUCCCUUUAUGCUGUAACAGCCAAACAGAAAUCCAUGCCUUUACUGGUGACUUUUAAAGAAAAACAAAGCUUCUGCCCAUUAAAACAUGUUAACUACUGUACUAAUGCAAACUGUAAUCGUUGAUAUUCUACUGAUCAAAUCUUACACAAGAGACUGUAUAUGAAUCUUUUUUUUUAAGUACAUCAAUAAAAAUCCUUGUUUACAUCUGUACAUAGCAGAUAGUGGUCAAUUAUAUACAGCACAGGUUCCAAUCUGCACACACAGGUGUCAUAAAAUAAUAAACCCAUCCCACAUAAAUGGACGUAUAGAAAUGCUUGUUUCGAGGACUCUGAACAUGUGUGGCGUUUUGUGAUCAAUAUGCCCCUCUAUGUCUCAAUAAAUACUUCAUGGACUUUGCCUUUUUAGGGAUAAGAUUAGAUAUCUGCUUUAAAAUCUAAAAACACAUACUGUUUCUAAGUAUAUUCACCAGGCAGACAAUAAGGCUGUUAGGUUGUCACUGAGAAAGCACAAAAAAAUAUAUAUUUUCCUUAAAGUUCUACAUCCAAUUC